AUCGGUGCAAUAGGCACCCGUCAUCUGUCAACUGUUCUUGAAUUUGUUUAGGACUUGUCCAAUGGGUUUUAUUUGUAUUUGAAUCACGGAUUUCAUCAACGGCAUAGCAGAGCUGAUUAGAUUAAGACCGGGUACAUCUUCAUUCCCACCGUAAAUUGUAGUUCUCCGGCCCCACCCGCCCAGGAAAUGAUCCAAUUGCCACUACUUUCCUGCGGAAAUGUCGCCGUUUCGUAAGAAGAAAAAUAGCAAAUCCUUUCCCGUGAAAGUUAUUACAUUUGACUCGGAAUUGGAAUUUGAUCUAGAGCAUCGAGCGACGGGCCAGGAGCUAUUCGAUUUGGUGUGUCGGACGAUUGGUUUGCGUGAAGUCUGGUACUUCGGCCUUCAAUAUGAAGACACACGAAAUGAAAUGUCGUGGCUGAAGAUGGAUAAAAAGGUCAAGGAUCAGAAAAUCUGCCUGAAGAACGGCGGAUUCGUGUUCAACUUCUACGCCAAAUUCUUCCCGGAAAACGUCAGUGAGGAACUGGCCCAGGAGAUUACUCAGCACCUGUUCUUUCUGCAAGUGAAGCAAAGCAUUCUCUCCAUGGAUAUCUACUGUCCGCCCGAGGCCUCGGUGCUGUUGGCUUCCUACGCAGUGCAUGUUCAAUUUGGCCCAUACGAUUCGGAGAACUACAAGGUUGGCAUGCUGGCCGAAGUGGCGCGUGACCUAUUGCCGCAGCGGGUCAUCGACCAGUAUCAGAUGUCGCCGUCGAUGUGGGAGGAUCGGAUAAAGUUGUGGUACGAAGAUCAUGAACCAAUGACCCGUGAUGAAGUCGAGAUGGAAUAUCUGAAAAUUGCACAAGAUUUAGACAUGUACGGAGUGAACUAUUUCCAGAUUACGAAUAAGAAACUUUCAGAGCUUUGGUUAGGAGUUACCGCGACCGGCUUAAAUAUCUAUGAAAAGUCAAAUAAACUAACACCCAAAACAAUGUUCCAGUGGUCUGAGAUUAGAAAUGUUCGUUUCGAUGGAAAAAAAUUCACGAUACGACCCGUCGACUCCAAUGCGCCUAAUUUCGUAUUUUAUUCCCAAAACUUACGAAUAAACAAAUUGAUUUUAGAUUUAUGUAUAGGUAAUCAUGAUCUGUAUAUUAAACGUCGAAAACCAGACACUAUGGAAAUUCAACAAAUGAAAGCUCAGGCGAAAGAGGAAAAGCAACGACGGCAGAUUGAGCGAAGCAAGUAUGCACGCGAAAAAAAGUUGCGCGAGGCUGCUGAAAAGGAAAAGCUAGAAUUGGAGCGUCGUUAUCAGCAGCUGCAAGAUGAAAUGCGGUCGGCAAGUGAGGCUUUGCGUCGAUCAGAAGAAACGAAAGAACUGUAUCUCGAAAAAAGUCGACUGAACGAGAAGCAAGUCCAACUGACUGAAUGCAAAGCAAAUAAGUUCAAACUUGAGAUGGAUCGUCUCCGUGAAAACCAUGUCAAAACAGAGAAAGAGAAGAUCGAACUCGAGAAAAAAAUACGUGAUGCUGAAUUCUAUGUACAGCAUUUGACUGACGAGAAGGAAAAACGUACUGUCGAGGCAGACAAGCUGAAGCGAGAACUUUUGUCCGCCCGCAUUGCAGAACGGGAAGCGCGUACAAAACUCCUGAAUUUCCUAAGUCGAACCACAGUGCCUAGCUCAUUAGAAUCAGUUUACCUUGCAACCGGUUCGAGUAUAGCGGAGUCAUCCACAGUUGAUUCCGACUACCUAUCUUCCGCUGAGUUUUUAUUAUCCGAUAAUGACAUGGAGCAAAUAACCACUGAGAUCGAGCGAAACCGUAUAGAGUAUUUGGAAAAGUCCAGACAAGUUCAAAACCAACUGCGUACACUGAGAUCAGAGAUUGAGUUGUUGAAGAUUGAGGAAAAUCAGAGCCCGUUGGAUAUAAUUAGUGCAGAGCAGCUACGUACAGGCGAAAAUAAGUACUCAACACUGAAAAAACUACGUACCGGUACAGCGAAGGCGCGAGUAGCGUUCUUCGAGGAAUUGUGACGAUUGUUGACAAAGUUGUUCAUGAAAGUUUCUGAGAGAAAUAGGGAAAAUUUAUGAUUACAAUUGACUAUAUAUAUUUAUAGUCAAGUUGAAAGUGCGGUUUUUAUAUAUACAUACUUGUAAUUUGCUACAAUAAAUGUUAUACA